CCCAGAGACUGGAUUUUCAGUUGCCGUCGAUCUAGGCUGCGGGAGAAGGAGGGGGACGUACGUAGCUGACGAGCGAUCUUGAAAUGAACUGGCCUAGCUAUGUCAUCUGCAAUGAUCGCCGCUGUUGCCUUUGCUCCGUCGUCCGCAUGCUGCAUCAACUGAGAAGCCCUUUGUCGACGAUGUAAGUGUUUUUACCAAUCAAUAAAGUCGCCACGAUGGUUUUCCCUAAAAAAAAACUGGAAAGCCUUCGUCGUGACGCCGAAGACGGACAAAAACACAUUUCGGCAUGGGUAGCCUGACGAGGAGCACGUGCGGCGGCGGAGACGAGUCGGCCUCCUCGCAGCAGCUGGCCCUGUAUUAUGCCACAGAUGGGCCUGGAGCAAAUUCAGCCCAUCCCAAAGCCGGCCCAGGUUAUUGUCCUUCUUUACGCCUUCCGGAGCACGCUCGCGUAAACUUGGGAUGCUAUCACGCAUCGCAUCGCUGUGAAGUGACAACCGUUCGCCCGGCGUCUGAAACGUCUCCGGCUGCCCGGCGUCUGAAAGCAGCAGUCAGUCAAUCACACACCCUCGUCGUCACGCCUGACGAACAGAAGGAACAAACACCAGAUCCAAAGCAGCCAUUAAAACCCCACCGCAAACACACACUCGACCAGCACAGACAGAAUCACAGCAGCAGCAGCAACCAAUGGCGGCGGCGGCGGCGGAAGAGGGGCGGCUGAAGCUGCUGGGGUUCUGGUCGAGCCCGUUCGUGCUCCGGACACGCUACGCGCUCAACCUGAAGGGCAUCCCUUACACGAACGUCGAGGAGGACCUCUUCGGCGCCAAGAGCGAGCUCCUCCUCGCCGCCAACCCGGCCCACGGCGGGAAGGUGCCGGCGCUCCUCCUCCCCGACGGCAGGUCCGUCUCCGAGUCAUUAAUCAUCGUGGAGUACCUCGACGAGGCGUUCCCGGGGACCCCGCCGCGGCUCCUCCCCUCCGACCCGCACCGCCGCGCGACGGCGCGGUUCUGGGCGGCACACGUCGACGGCGCGCUGCUGCCCGCCUGGAUCCCGCUCUACGGCGGGAGCACGGCCGAGGAGCGCGUCGAGGCGGCGCGGCGGGUCGUCGGGGUCCUGGAGACGUUCGAGGGGGUGCUGCGGCGUGGGGAUUGCUGUUCCUCCGGCGAGGAGGAAGAAGGGGGAUUUGGAUUCUUCGGCGGGGACAGCGUCGGGCUCGUGGACGUGGUGCUUGGCGGGUUCAUCGGGUGGCUGCGCGCGUCGGAGGCCAUGUGCGGGGUGAAGACGAUCGAGGACGGCAGCCGGACGCCGCUGCUGGCGGCGUGGGCGGAGCGGUUCGCCGCGCUCGAGGGCGUCAGGGAGAUCCUGCCGGAGGUGGGGAGGCUGGUGGAGUACAACCAGAUGAAGCGGGCUCUCCGCGGGCUGCCGUUCCUGCCGCCCCAUCAGCAGCAGUAAGCAAAAGGAAAGUAAGCAAACAGGUCUCAUACAUACACAGGAAUACUGUAUCUCUGCAUUGUGAUCGGGAUUCCGAAAUAAAUAAUCGAGCAUUGAGACCUGUUUCUGUCAA